CGUUCCGUGCAGCGCGUACCCGGAUGCACAGGACUGACCACACCAUACCUCCACAGGAAGCUUUGGAGAAGGGGAGAUACCUCUGGGCUCCUCGCAAGGAAAGGAGCGACAAGAUGGACGAACGUGUCAUGGGUUUGGCGAGGAGGCUCUGGCACUCUGACGAUAUUUCUCGUGCGUCGGGAGACUCCGGGACGAAAGCUAUGUGGAGGCCGUCCAAGAAGGCAGGGGAGGAGUAUCACCCCCGUAGGCAGCUCAUGGUCGCGGGGGACCAAGUAUGGCACAAGUUUCUGAAGUGGCCGGAGUACUUGGGGCUUAAGGCGGAGCUGCUGAGGGAAGACAACAGCUUCACGGACCCUGGGCGGACGCUGUUCCUCUCGACGCGGUGUGGGUGCUUAGUGGAACCCAAGGUAUCGCAGUGUGCAUGCCAGAUCCACACGCAGCAGGGGCUGUACCUGAAGGCCUUCGAGAUGUUGAUGCCUGCAAUACAUGCCAACUGUGACUGCACGUGCAAGUGGUGCGACGGGGGGAGUGGGUGUGGAAAGUGGAUGGCCAUGUGUAAAGAUCUGCACAGCUUUUCUGAGGCUUUGGCUUGCGAGAAGGUAGACUUUCUUGAGGAGGACCGAGGGGGUAGGUUUGAGCACUGGGGGAGGAAGCCCGCAUGCGUUGCGAUGGAAUGUUCCGAAUGCGGGUUUGGCAACCCAGGCGGCAUCCCCAUGAACUGCGAUGCCCUGGGGUCUAUGGCGGACAGAGUAGUCGGGUGGCUUCGGUUCGCGGAUCAAGUCAUGGAGGAUGGGAAAGUGCACAAGAAGCAGCAGCUACCCCAGGCUGGAAAACUGGGUGACCUGUGGCAGGAGUUUGUUGAGCACUCCAAGAAGGUGUGA